CACAAUGUAAUGAUCUAAACAAUUAACGUGUAACAAUGCUAAACACCGCAGUGGCAUCGUGUGAAUUUCCAAAUGGGGAGGAGCCGCUGGUGCAUUUCCUGUCAUUCCCUUUCCCUUUAACCUACUAGAUCUGCCACAGACCGAACGGUAGAUGGUAGAUGGAUGUCGCUAACAAUCCGGAUGGAUGUCGCUCAUUGAUGCGUGACCGUCAUGUGUCCCUACAAAUUUAUGUUGGCGUCCGCCUUGAAGGGAGGGGGAAAGGGAGGGGGGAAUACAUACAGAAUAGUAUGAGGCAGAUACCCAUGGUCUGGACGUCGGAGUAAGAACCAAGACGAUGAUCUUAAAAUUGUUGAAAUUGGCUUCAAUAGAGAGUUAGAAAGGAGUACAAUGUCUGCCGUUAAACUUGAGCGACUACCAAAAGAGGGAAGCGGAAAGAACCAGAGUCAAGAAAAGCAGUACAAAUGUGAAAUUUGUGGUAAGGGGUUCAUGCGAGAGGAUCGUUUACAGGGGCAUUUGACAAUACAUAUUGGUAAAAAGACUUACAAAUGUGAUAUUUGUGAUAAAGAGUUCAGUUCCAACGCUGUUCUUCAGAAGCACUGUAGUACGUUUGUGCACCUGUAUUCAGAUGAUAAACCGUUCAAAUGUGAAAUUUGUGGGAAGGAGUUUUGUUACGAGACAGUACUGCAGAAACACCUACGCAUGCACAUGCACACAAACUCGGAAGACAAAGCCUUCAAAUGCGAUAUUUGUUACAAGGAGUUUUGUCACGAACCUAGUCUUCAGAAACACCUGCAGUUGCACGUUUAUACUGGAUCAGAAGACAACCCUUUCAAAUGUGAUAUUUGUGGCAAGGGUUUUGUGAAGAAGGAAUGUUUGCUGAAACAUCUAAACUUACACACUGGCAAACUGCCUUUCCGAUGCAAAGUAUGUGAUAGAGGAUAUGGUACGCUGGAGAGAUUACAAAAACAUGUCCGUCCUGAAGAAAAACUUUGCACAUGUAAUGUCUGUGAGAAAAAGCUUUGUAUGGAGUCUGACCUUCAGAAACACCAGCAAAGCCAUAUGCAUGUUGUGGUUAAAUCUAGAUCUACUAAACGGUACCAAUGUGACGAUUGUGGGAGUGAGUUUGGUAGGAGAGACAGCUUGAUACGUCACCAUCGUGUUCAUACCGGAGAAAAACCGUACAGUUGCCACAUUUGUGAUAAACGAUUUAGUGAAUUAGGAAACUUGCAGGCACAUCGGCUCGUUCAUUCAGGCGUUAAACCAUACAUGUGCUUGGUGUGUGACAAGACGUUUUUCUACAAGGCAGACAUGCAAACACAUAUGUUUAUACAUUCUGGGGAAAAACCAUUCGAAUGCGAUAUCUGCAGCAAGGCGUUCAGUCGGAACGCAAUGUUGCAGAGACAUAAUCUGGUGCAUCAGCGAGUCAAAAACUACAAGUGUGAUAUUUGUCAAAAAGGUUUUGGUCGUAAAGACAACUUACUAAGGCAUCUCCGCAGACACAAGGGAGAAAAGCCGUACAGCUGUGAUGUAUGUAGCGUUGGCUUCAACGACCUGGAGAGUUUACAGGGACAUGUCCAUGCAUGAAUUAUACGAAGUGACAGUAUGUCAUAAAUGUAUCAUAUAACUUCUCACAAGAUAUGUUGUACAUGUCUCCAAACCUCUCACUCAUAUUAUCCAUGAUUUGUGUUGGAGUUAUGUCCCUUUAAUCAAUUCACCCUGCGUCCGUGGUCAGUCGUCCGUGGUCCGUCGUCUGUGAUCCGUCCUUAAACGAUUCUUGUUAUCAAUAUUUCUCAAGAAGUACCAGAGGGAUCUUUCUCAAAUUUUAUAUGUGGGUUCCCCUUGGUCCUUAGCUAUGCAGGGUAACUUUUGAG